AUGAAGUCCUUGCUCCAGCUCCUCAUUGGAAUCUGUCUUCUUCACUAUGUUCUCAGUUGCCCUGAUCCAGACUUCGAUUAUUCUUCGAUCCAACAGAAUGAUGGUUCUGUUCAGAAACGCGGGUACACUCUCAAGGACAGAAGUUGGAACGUAUGGCCUGAUGCAAAAAUAAUUUACUGUUUCGAUCCAACAGACGGUGGUCUGGCGAAGAGAUAUCUCAAACCUCUGAUUCCCAAGGCAUGGGACCUGUGGAAAGCUGCUGGCCUCAAUAAACAGUUCAAAAUGGAACAGGGCACAGAUGACUACUGCACUGACGCGAACCGCGGGUCCUAUCUCCUCGUCAAAUAUAAUUCAGAGGGCGAACUCGUGACCACACCAGGCUACUCUGCAUCUAUGUCCACUACUAUACUUGAUCCCUCAGAUGCGAUCGGGAGUGGCAGCGGUGUGGCCAACAUUGCUCACGAGCUUGGACAUGCAUGGGGAUUGCUCCACGAACAUCAACGCGUCGGAUUGUGGACAAAGGACUACGGUGGUACCGGUGCAACAAAUAUGUUUACCUUCACGUGCGAGAACAUGGCCGAUUAUGAGAAGAUCGAAGCACAGCGGCUAGCGAAAGGUAAAGAUAUGAAUCUCCCAUGCCACUACGAGGCAGUCGCAAAAACCGCGCGGUUUAUAGCCUACAACCUACUUCCAGAUCAAGAUGGUCUGGAUAGGGGUCCGGCUGGCGAGGUUGAUUGGGACUCGAUUAUGAUUUACGGCUCUACUGCGGGUUCGAAGACGGUCAACGGACAAAGAUUGAAUACCCUCGUCAAAGCUAGUGACGGCUCUACAUUCGGCUAUAAUCAGGUUCCAAGUGAGGGAGAUAUUCAAACUUUGAACUGGUUCUACACCAAUGAGCUAGGGGAUGCAUCUAAAAACGUGCCUGUGCCAUUUUGGAAGACUGGGAGCAAGUUCAGAGGGAUUUUCAACCGAAAGAACCAAAACAAUAACUGUUUAUAG